CGCGGCACCGCUCCGCUGAGAGGUCCCGGUCGAGGACGUUACGAACGUCAGAAAUCGGAGGAGCGUCAGUGAGUCAUCUUCUCUCUCUCUCUCUUUCGCCGAAAUCGGUUACGCGGGGGUUGUCGUUAUAGCACUCCCGUGUCGCCGAUCGGAUCUUGGUUGAUGGGGGAGACCCUCGGGGAAAGCAUGAAAUGCGAAGGAACAGUCUCAGGAGAAGCGCGAUCAGUCCGUUGACGACGCAGAAGGUAAGGGCCCCCCAGCACCUACUGCGACUCAAGGACGAGGAAGUGGAUGACGGGUGCGAGGACGAACGGGACGACGGACGUUUCCGGUUGCCCAGCCUGCCGCGGCAGAAGUCGUGGAGGGACGACGACGUCCUGUCCAAUGGCAACAGCGCGGCAACGUCCGUCUCUUGGUCGCAGGAGGUGGAGAACGUGGCGACUCAGAAGCUGGAGGAGCAAUGGACGGCCGUGGAGAGGACCUUCUACGAGGAGGACGAUCAGCUGCCCCAGGCGGCCGUUUUGGACGAGUGUACGCAGUGGAGAACGCAGAUACCGUACCUGAGAAUAGUCGGCAGGAAUAGUCGGGACUGCGACAGCAACGCAGGUGCGACGCAGCGCGACGUCGUCGGCUCGGCCGACGGGAAGACGAAGGGGCUCGAUGAUCCGCAGAUGAACGACGAAGUGUUCUCGGAACGCGAUCUUUUAAUGAAGGAAGGGGAGGAUUCUGUGCAAUACAAAGUGAACAGGGCAAAAUUCGAAGACGUCCUCGACAUGAUGAUGGAACGCGUUAUCUCAGAGCUGUUUCCCGACGAGAAGAGCGAUACAGAAGAGUCCCUGCGCGACGAACUGAGCGACGCCCUGAGAAUAGCUCCCGCUCCUGUUCACGGUAACAGAAACUCCUCGUCGAGAAACUCGAAAGCGAAUUGGGCGGAGGAGGCGAUCUCGCCCAAUUACAUCGAGAACAAGUCUAUAAGCAUAAGGAACCGACUGCUGGAUACGGAAGGCUCCCUUCAGACAAUAAAGAACGACGCGAACCAUCAACGAGCCCAGAAGAAAUCGAGGAAUUCAAUCUCCGCGAAUAAACUAAGGGACUUCGAUGACGCGAAAGACGAUGACUCUUUCAAGGAGUGCACGCCACAUAUAGGCAGAAAUAAGCUCGGCACUAUCUUCAACGAGAGGAUCAUCGUGACCCCCGUGCCUUUUAAAGUAUCUACGCGAGAGAGCUUCUCUACUCUAAAGACUAUCCCGAUUAAAUUCAUGAACGAGAAUUUGGAAAUCUCUUCUUGCCAAGGAUCAGCUCGACACAUUGGCUUCCAAGGUUCCGCGAGAAAGUCGAGUGCUCUGAGGAAUCCGAAUAAUCAUUCCGUCUGGCAGGCUCCCGUCUCUCCUACCGUUUGGCCAAAAAAUAUACGACUCGCUCCUAUAGAUACUUCGAGACUUCCUAGCAGCAAAAAUAGGUCAUUGGCACCGUCGCCUGUCGCCCUGCACUGCUACCGAAAACCAUUGAGCCCGAUUUCUCGUUCCACGAUACCGAAAUCCGCCCAAGCGACUCACGAUCGUGGCGGCGAAUUUUUAGCGAUUCAAGGAAAGCAUAUCGUUCCCGCGCAAUCGAGGAUCAGUUUGCUCUCGGCUGGCUGGGACUGCAGUUCCAGAGCGGCCAAGAGCAAGAAGAAGGCCCGAACGAAGGAGAGACUUUGAGAGAGAGCUCGACGCGACGCAAUCGGAAGCGCUUUGAACACUUGCAUGCGAGAGAUAUAUAUUUUUUUUAAAAUCCAUGCGACCCGGACACGUGUAUCCUGCAAGGUGUAAUUGCGAGUAAACCGAGGAGUGCAAAGUGCCGCUUUGACGCGUUCGGUUUCGCAGCAGGAUAACGCUUGGAGCACGGUAAAACGCUUUGAAAGUAUGAAAUAUAUAUGUGUAUUUACCGCGUCCUGUGAAAUAUUUACGGAAGAUGAAUGUCGCGCGCGUACGCGUAUGCGCGACGGCGUAUGUAUUUUAAAUACCGUUGCAAUUCCGUAGUUGCAAAACUGUUUCUACCUCGUCGCCACGUAUCCGUGUUGUUCAAUCCGUGUUUUACACGCUUAUCGCGAAUGGAUAUAUUUUUGUAUAAGCCGCACAAUUACAAAUUUAUUGGAUGUGAAUAAAUAUAUAUAUAUAUAUAUAUAUUGUAACGUUGUUGUUGAAUAAAUACAAUAUCGCAUUACUGA